GUCCUCCGCCGCCCUGGCGCCGCCCGCGCGGACUCGCUGUAGAAUCCGCGGCGGAGGGGGCGAAGGGUCUGCGCGGCGCUGCGUCCGGGGGACAGUGGGCGCCAACAUUCGCGCGUUCCGCACACGCGGGCGGGCUCCCUUCCAGCCGCAGCCGGACGACCCCGGAGCCGUCGGGCCGGGCCGGAGUGUGGAGCAGGGCGGCCGCGGGCCUGCUGGCCUUGGGAGGGCAGAGAGGUGCCUGUUGCGGCCGGCGAUCUCCCUGCCAGGCCGGGCGGUCCCCGCGCACAACGCGCCUGCGCGGGAGGCCCCCAGCCCGGGGUCUGGCGUGGAGGCCGCAGGCGGCCAGCCUAGGGGGUGGGAGGAAGGGCCGGGAGUGGGCGCGGUGGGCGAGAGCGGGUGCGGACGCUGACGACAUCUCCGUCGCACCCGGGCCUCGAGGAGGACUUCAGGCCGCGCAGAGCUCGAAGACUUGUACAUUUUUCUAGGGGCACUAUUUAUUUGUGACCACAAUGAAAAAUGUAGACAGUGAUGAUCUGGUAACUGGCGCACUUCCCAAGCUCAAGAGCUCAAAAGAAUGGUUGGAGCCCAAGCCCCUAUGUUUUAUGGAGGUCUUAGCUAAAGAAGAUACUGAGGCAGCUGUUCAAUCAAUAUUAUACAGAGAAAAUUAUGUAAUUAAGGAACUAAAUAAGUAUUUACAACAUCAUGCCUUCUUAAAUGCAAGAAGAAAGGAGAUGUUAUAUAAAAGAUGGGUUGACCAUGUGGCAGAUCCUCUUCAGAAGAAAAUUAUAGAAAAAGUUUGCUCACAUAAGAAGAUUAAGAAGAGGAGGCAAGAGGAAUUAGAUGGCUUUUUAAAACAUGUAAAUAAGAAGGGAAAUGCAUUUAUAGAACAUUAUGAUCCAAAAGAGUAUGAUCCCUUUUAUAUGAGCAAGAAGGACCCCAGUUUUCUGAAGGUUACCAUCCCACCAUUUCGUGACCCUUUGAAAAAAGCACAAUAUGACAAGGAUAAUGAAAAAAGAACUCUUCUUCAGUGUGAGACUGGCAAAAUAUAUUCAAUAAAAGAAUUCAAAGAAGUUGAGAAGGCUCAGCUGUAUUCCAGAUUCCCACAAAUUUCUAAUUCAAGGCACUUUAUGACUCCAAAUGAGUGGCUGAAACUGCCUACAAGAUACAUAGAAAGUGAAUUUUGUAAAAGGAGAAGGUUAAAAGUGAAAGUGAAUUUUAACGACUGUAGUUUUGAUUUGAAACCCUUGGCAAGAGCUCCUUAUCUUUUGGAAUCCCAGGAAGAAGAAAAAACAGUUAUUUACAAAAACAAAGGGUCAUCCUUUCUAGAAAGAGAACCGCUGUGUUAUCGAGACGGAAAGAAUCCAAGUGCCAAAGAGGCCACCUCUGAAGGGUAUUUUUCUUCCUUGAGCCUCAGCCAGGAAGGAGGCGAACGAGAGGAAGACCAGAAUGGGUCUCCCUCCCCCCAUUUGAGGCUGCUGAAGCCGGAGCUACAAGAAAGAAGAGGGAGGUUUCAGCAACCAAGGAGCACGCACUCUGAUCCUUGAUUGGUGAAAGGAUACGCAAAAUCAGGCUGCUUCAGAGGAAAUCAUGUGCUCGCAGGAAUCAGGGUGAAGGCCAAGGAAGGCAGUCAAGAAUUGUCCUGUCUCUAAAAAAAAGCAUCUGCAACAAACUUCCUUUAAUUUUUGAGUCCAGUGUCUGUGAUAAUUAAGAAAUGGCAAUACCAUGUAUUUUCCCCGGAAGUUAAGAAAUAUUGCUGAAUGAACCAAUAAAAAUAAUUACAGCUCCCU